UCUGUGGGUUGCUUCCAGGCUAAUAUGGUUUGAUGGACCAAGACCCAUUGAAAGGUUGCUUUAAACAGCCCUCAAAAAAUUACUUCACCCAUUGGACAGCAGGAAGCAGUUUGGAGAGUACUACGCCCAAAUUCCCAAAUAUUUUUAAACUUUAGGCCUUUUUAUGAUAUGAGACACAUCUGCUUCUGGCAGCACCAGUGUACUUCAAGAGGAAGAUGGGCAUCAAAGAGGCUCCUCAUAGAGUUGAUUAACCAUUUGGGCAAGAAACUGCUCUUUUCUGAACUGUUUGAUGAAGUGGACAUGUAGGACCCACAGAGAAAUGACUGUUGAACUUGCCUAAAGGUGAGACUGUCCUUUGGGGUUCCUGCUUCAUGAAAGAGUCUGCCAGACAUUCUAUAGGACACAAAAGAAAGUGACGGACAAACUGCCAAUAUAAGUGGAAAUGUCUUUGAAAUCUCCUACUGUGUGGAAAAGUCUGCUGGAUACUAUGGGCAUGUAGGCUGAAGAUGGAUGCCCCAACUAUACAGAAGAACUCAGGGUGACUGUGGGGGCAACAAGAAGUCUUUGUCAAUUCUAGUGUUUUGGAAGUUGUUUAUAAUGUACUUUCUGUUUACUAGGUAAUAUUAUAUCUUUCUGGAGUCUUUGAUUGUUGCAGGAGCUCCUUCCCCUCCUUCAGCCAAUAGCCACUGAGAUACCAGCCAAUUGGGGUGUGGUCUCUCUCCCUUUAAAAAGGCGGCUACUUCCCUCUCCUCUCUCUGGCUUCCGGUUCCACUUCCGGCGACUAGGCUCCUUUCCUGAUUGUGCAGAGGGCUGUUGUCUGGGACAGUGAUCUGUAAAUGGCUCCAAGGACAAGUCUCAGAACUGUCUCCCCUGUGUCUCCUGCAAGGACUUACUGUUGCUAUGCAGUGAUUAUGGUUCUUAUUGGAGCUGUAAUCACUCUGUCUGUUGCUUUGUCAGUACAAAAAGAAAAACUUGUUACUGGACCUUGCUAUUCCACCUGCCCAACAGACUGGAUAGGAUUUGGAAGUAAAUGUUUUUAUUUUUCUGAAGACACAAAUAACUGGACAUCAAGCCUGACCUCCUGCAUGGCACUAGCAGCCAAUCUGGCUCUAUUUGACAAUCUGAAGGAACUGAAUUUCCUGAAGAGAUACAAUGGUAAUUCUGACCACUGGAUCGGCCUACACAGAGAGUCACCAGAGCAUCCUUGUAUGUGGACAAACAACACUGAAUAUAACAACUUGGUUCCUAUCAGAGGAGGAGGAGAAUGUGCCUACCUGAGUGACAACGGAAUCAGCAGUGGCAGAGGCUACAUACACAGGAAAUGGAUUUGCAGCAAGCCUAAAGCUAGUCUUUAUAAGGGCCAUUGAUUUUAAAUACAGGGUAGGGAAUGUGCCAUAGCAUGCCUGAGAAAGAAAUCUCUAUUACCUGUUGUCUAAAGUUGUUGCUUCACUCCUGAUCUGCUAAAUCACCAUCAAAAUCCAAUGAUAAUAUGUCUGUUGACAGCAAAGAUGAAAACUCACUUAGAAGAUUAUACAUAAGGUUCUUGGGAAAGCAUGGUCAGUUCUAAAUGUAAUAGGUAUUUGAGCAAAUGCUGUAGGAAAUCCUACAACCAGUAGUUAUGUGCCCACUGGGUUGUGGCUUCUUAUGCUAUUUAUGCCAAUGUAGAACAUGCAUAUGGCCUCUUUUCUGGAUGUGGGAUUCAGUUUCUGUCCUUUGUUCCAGCAGAGAAUUCUGAUUUGUGAGUCUACCCCCUAAAUAAAUAAUUAUGUAUUAUCCUCAAUUCUAAGCUAGUAUGGGAUUUCUUUUAAGCGUCCUUUUCCAUCUGAUGCCCACAUGGAUUCGGACUCCACAC